UAUUAGUGAUUACUCCACAAGACAGCUUCACCAUCUCAUAUGGUCCCCAGCCAUCGCCUUACUGAGCACAGCGUCAGUCAUCUCUUCACUUCGAUAGGCUCGAGGAAUCCGAGACACGGUGCAAGAACGGCGCUUCACCGGCGUUAAUGGGUCAAAAUUUGAGCAACUGCCGCCUACCAGGCAUUGAACAAGAUUUAUUCGCUGCCGUACAGUCCGGCGAGCUCAAGGAGGUCGAAUCCAUCCUCCAGCUUGAUCCUGGAAUUCUCCAGCGAAGCAGUUUCUACAGCGACCUCUCCGUCCUCCACAUAGCGGCUGCGAAUGGUUAUCUCGAGAUCCUUUCAAUGCUCCUGGAGCGAUGGGCUCACCCCGAUGUCCUCGGCCGGCAAAAGCAGACUCCCCUUAUGCUGGCUGCAAUGCAUGGGAAGAUUGCUUGUGUUGAGAAACUUCUUCGUGCCGGAGCAAACAUAUUGAUGUUUGACUCGGUCCAAGGAAGAACUUGCUUGCACUAUGCAGCCUACUAUGGUCAUUCAGAUUGCUUACAGGCGAUUCUACAGGCUGCGCACGCAAACCUGAUUUCAGAAUCAUGGGGAUUUUCUCGUUUUGUAAAUGUAAGAGACACAAAGGGCGAAACGCCAUUGCAUCUUGCUGCGAAGCAAGGUCGGCUGGCCUGUGUUCGUAUGCUAUUGGAUAAAGGAGCUCUUGUCUCGGCUUCCUCUGGCAAUAACGGUUUCCGAGGUCCCACACCUCUGCACUUGGCAGCUCGUAAAGGUUCCUUGGAAUGUGUCCGUGAGUUGCUUGCUUGGGGAGCUGAUCGCCAUCAAACGGAUUCCGCUGGAAGAACAGCUUAUGUUAUUGCAUUGAGGAGGAAUCAUUUAUGCGCUGCUCUGCUGAAUCCUUCUUCUGCAGGCCCAUUAGUUUGGCCUUCUCCAUUAAAGAUUAUCAGUGAGCUUAACCCAGACGUGAAGCUUCUCUUGGAAAAAGCUUUAGUGGAGGCUAACAGGAAAAGAGAAAAGAAGAUCUUGAAAGGAACGGUUUACGCAUUAUCAUCCCCUGCUCAUACUGAAAGCAUAGAUGAUGAUAAACUCGAGUGUAACAGUAUGGAGCUCUGCUGCAUUUGCUUCGAACAAGCCUGCACAAUUGAGGUGCAGAACUGCGGGCAUCAGAUGUGCGCGCACUGCACCAUGGCCUUGUGUUGCCACAAGAGGCCCAAGCAUGAUACGCAAUCUCUGCCCGCACCGGCCUGUCCCUUUUGUCGGAGGGAUAUUGCUCGGUUGGCGGUGGCAAAGUCGAACAUAAAGGAGGAAAUAGAUGAGGGGAAUUCCCCCAAGCAAAGGCGAUUAAGACAAUCUCAAAGCUCGAGUGAAGGAAGCAGCAGCAGCAGCUUGCUUUCUUCAGCAAUGGGAUCUAUUGCAAGAAUAGGAAGUCAUGGUUCAGGCCGCAUUGCAGAUUGCAGUGAUUUACUUGACAAACUUUGAGGAAUGUUUACUUGUGACAAUGCUGUAAACUUGUGUUUAAGUAGGAGAGUGUCAUCCUUUUAGGGAAAGCAAGUGAUUUCCUUUGGGAAUGAAAGCUUUCCAUUAUACUAAGUCAUUUUUUAUGUUGAAAUGACUUUUUUCUGCUGUCUUCCUCUGCCUCCCCUGUGGUUGACACCAGCUACAACACCAUGACAAAAGUUCAAAUUCCAGCUUCUCUAAAAUUUCUUAUGAACAAUAUCAGAAACUUUGUUCAUUCUCAAUUAACAUCUGAUAAUCACCCCACUUGAAGAGCUCAA